AUGCCCCCGUGUCCUCCACAGCAGAGCAGGAACCGGGCUACGCUGCUUGCUGCCCCAGAGCUGGGAGAGAUGGAGCUGACCUGGCAGGAAAUUAUGUCUAUCACAGAGCUGCAGGGCCUUGAUAUCCAAAAUGAGCCAACCUUUGAGUCACCAGUGCCAUAUUCUGGGCCUGCACCUCCUUCUGCUUAUGGACCUUGCCCAAUUCUCCCUGACACUGGCAACCACCUCACCUCACCUUAUGAGGGUCUCUACCAGGACUUCCCCCCACCCUCAGCCCUGGUUCCGGACUCUCCCUAUGCAUAUGGAAGCCUGGCCCUUCCUGUUUCCAAGCCCAUGACCCUCUCAGGACUUCUUGGUGAACCCCUUCCCAAGUCCCUAUCCCUGCUGGACAUGGGGCUGCCUGUGGGACCCACCAAACCUCAAGAAGAUCCUGAAUCUGACUCUGGUUUAUCCCUCAACUACAGUGAUGCAGAAUCCCUAGAGAUGGAGGGAGUAGAGGCUGGGAGACAGAGAGGGGAAUAUGUGGAGAUGUUCCCAGUGGAGCACCCCUAUCCACUCAUGCCUAACUCUCUAGUCCAUUCCAACUAUGCUCUGCCACCUCCUGAGACUCACUUGACUUUUGAACCCACAAUGUGCCCUGGAAGGGCCAAACCCUCAGGGCGAGGAGAGUCAGGAAGCAGGGAUGAACGCAGGGCUCUGGCCAUGAAGAUCCCCUUCCCCACUGACAAAAUUGUCAACUUACCUGUGGAUGACUUUAAUGAGUUGGUAGCUAGGUAUCCACUGAGUGAAAGCCAGCUGGCCUUAGUCCGGGAUAUCCGCCGGCGGGGCAAGAACAAGGUGGCUGCCCAGAACUGUCGAAAAAGGAAGCUGGAGACCAUUGUGCAGUUAGAAAGAGAAUUGGAGAGGUUGGGCAAUGAGCGGGAACGGCUACUCAGGGCCCGAGGGGAGGCCAACCGGACCCUGGGGGCCAUGCGCCAGCAGCUGGCAGAGCUGUACCGAGAUGUCUUCCGGAGGCUGCGUGAUGAAGCUGGAAAUGGUUACUCCCCAGAAGAAUAUGCCUUGCAACAGGCUGCUGAUGGUGCCAUUUUCUUGGUGCCCAGGGGAGUCAAGAUGGAGACAUCAGACUGA